UCGAGUGAUCGACCAUGGCCACCAUCAAGGCAUCAAUCUUGGCAAUCCUCGGCCUCGCCUUCUUCUGCGGUGCUGCCCUUGCUGCUCGUGACCUGAACGACGACUCAGCCAUGGUGGCGAGGCAUGAGCAGUGGAUGGUGCAGUACAGCCGUGUCUACAAAGACACCACCGAGAAGGCUCGGCGGUUCGAGGUGUUCAAAGCUAAUGUUAAGUUCAUCGAGUCGUUCAACGCUGGUGGGAACCGCAAGUUCUGGCUCGGCGUCAACCAGUUUGCUGAUCUCACGAACGAUGAAUUCAGGGCUACCAAGACUAACAAGGGCUUCAAACCUAGCCCCGUGAAGGUUUCUACCGGAUUUAGAUAUGAGAAUGUUAGUGUUGAUGCACUUCCGGCAACCAUCGACUGGAGGACCAAGGGUGCCGUCACUCCCAUCAAGGAUCAAGGCCAAUGCGGCUGCUGUUGGGCAUUCUCGGCUGUGGCUGCCACAGAAGGCAUCGUAAAAAUAAGCACCGGCAAGCUCAUCUCCCUCUCGGAACAAGAGUUAGUGGAUUGCGAUGUCCAUGGUGAGGAUCAGGGUUGUGAAGGUGGUUUGAUGGACGAUGCUUUCAAGUUCAUCAUCAAGAAUGGCGGCCUAACCACGGAGUCUAGCUAUCCUUACACAGCUGCGGAUGGCAAGUGCAAGAGUGGAUCAAACAGUGCCGCAACCGUCAAGGGCUUUGAGGAUGUCCCUGCAAAUGAUGAGGCUGCCCUGAUGAAGGCCGUGGCCAACCAACCCGUGUCGGUGGCAGUGGAUGGCGGAGACAUGACGUUUCAGUUCUACUCUGGUGGUGUGAUGACUGGCUCAUGUGGUACUGACCUGGACCAUGGGAUUGCAGCCAUUGGCUAUGGACAAACCAGUGAUGGCACCAAGUACUGGCUACUAAAGAACUCAUGGGGCACGACUUGGGGCGAGAAUGGUUACCUGAGAAUGGAGAAGGAUAUUUCCGACAAGAGGGGCAUGUGUGGCCUAGCUAUGGAGCCUUCCUACCCCACUGAGUAG